AUGGGGCAGUACGGACUCACACAAUCCCAGGCCGGAAGGGACCCUCUGGGGGCCUCCCGCCUUGGUCUGGGGUCUGGUGGUUGUGGUGGUGGUGGUUCCUCCGGCCAGGGAGGCAUGAUGUCCUCGAUGGUGGCCCAGCAGAUGGGGUAUGACCCGGGGCAGAGAUCGACCGGGAUGACCCCUGAGAUGGAGACCUCCAUAGACCACCACAUCCGCGGGGCCAGAGAGGAGGUGAGGCUGCUCAGCCAGUUGAUGCAGCAGAAUAAGAAGCAGCAGGUCUCACUGGACGCCCAAGACCUUCGCCUAAGUCGCGACCCCAUGGACGAGCUCUCGUCUGGGGGAGGGCUGGGAGGUUACACACCUGGCCGGACCUCCAGCGACCAGCAAAGUUCCAUGGACCCCUGGUCUGGCUUCCUGACCCAGUCUGCUUCCUCCAAACUCUUCUCCUCCACCCUUCCUGAGUACCAAAGCCAAACCUCUGGGUUUGGAGGUGCGGGAGUGCUGGGGUCCACCUCCAGAGGUUCCGAGGCACCCAUGAGCGCCUCGUCCGCAGCCUCUCGUCCAGCCCGGUACACGUCUGAGUCCGCCAGCAGCAUCCUGGUGAGUUUCGGCUUGUCCAAUGAAGACCUGGAGCUCCUCAGCCACUACCCAGACGAUCAACUGACCCCAGACAACCUGCCCUUCAUCCUCAGAGACAUCCGCAUCCGUAAGGCCAAUAGAACUAUGGAUGUGGACCCUCGGCCCAAGGUAGGCGGUGGACCUGGCCCAGGGUCCGACCACGGUGGUGGAGGACAGAGCAAAGUGAUCGAUUACGAACAUUCUCGUGCUACUAAAUACGACAGUUAUGAUGAUGGCGAUAAUAGCCAACCCGAUAAUUACAGCUCGCGCAAUCCGCUCCCGAAAGAGAAGCCAAAAUAUGACAUGGUCAGAGACUCGCUGAGCGGGUACGCCGGCCAUUCCAUGACCUCCGACCUUUCCAAGCAGCGUACCCAACAGCAGCACAUCCACAGCCCUGCGGUCCAGAGCCCCAUCCCCAUGACAGACACAGGCUCUCGCAUCGGCCUUCCUCCGCCUUCCAGCCAACCCCAGCAGACCCUCAAAACCCACGGCUCAUCCUCUAAAGCAACAUCCAAGCCCAUGAACAUCCCUGUCCGCAGCGGAGACCAAGGACUCAACCGACUCCUGGCGUCCCAGAAUCAAGGCAACGCCCGGGGCCACGCUCAGCCCCGGUCCGGCCUGGUGGUUCUUGGUGGUGGAGUUGGGGUCAGAAUUCCAGGACUCAGGGUUGGAGGUGUCCCGUUCGGGGUUCCUCCUCCCACGACACCCCCCAUUUGGCCUUCCCUAUUCCCCAUCAUGAACCCGUCAAUCCCACCUCCUGGUCAUGUCCCGGUGACAUUUCCUCCGCCCCGGAUUGGUCCGAUGCCUUCCAUGCACCAGCAGAUGAACCUACCUCCCCCGUUGAUGAUGAUGACGAAGAGGUUACCGACCCCGACCAUGAUGAGCGAAUAUAAAAAUAUAUAUAUAUUGUUGAACCUCAUGUUACCCAGACUGAUUGUCUCUGUUUGCUGUUUUGAUCAACAGAACUGGAUCGAGCAUCAAAACACCGGUCUCCACGUUGAGAAUUGCCGUCUACUCAGGAAAUCGUAUCCCGACUGGAAAGUAGAAACUGUCGCUGUAUCAAGAAAUGAAAGCAGCCACCUGUCCUCCAAGCUCCGUCGGACAACACGCUCCGCCUCCCGUUCUUCAUCCUGGUCUCGCUCUCCUUCUCCUCCUCGCCCCUUCUCCUACUACACCCCUUCCUCCUCUACUCGCCGACCACGAUCCAGGGAACGAUCCCGCGAACGUCGACACGACACCACCACUCGGCGUUCCCGGUCUCCGGGUUCACUUCGGGGCAGGGAGAGAGAACGUGACCCUCCGACCUCGUCGUCUUCCCACCGGGAUCAGGAACGUCGACCUCAGACAGCCUCUUCAUCCCGGAGGUCGCGCUCUAGGAGCUAUGAGCGGGAGAGAGCGAGGGAACGUCGGGAGACGACGAGGAGGAGCAGCCUGCCGAAGUCUAACAGUGCUGAGAGACUGGCCAAGAAACUACUGGAGUCAUCUGCUGGCCUCUCUCUGACGGAGAACACCAGCCUGGAAGUUAUGAUGCAGUCCCUCGCCCCCGCCCUCCUGGCAGAGCUCGCCAAGAAGAAGGGAGCCGCCGCCUCCUCUUCCUCCUCAAAGGGAGGUGCCUCUCGGAAAACUGAAACGGGAAUGUCCAAGUCGGGAAGCAAGCUCGGAUCUGGAAGGUCAUCAACCAGGAAAUCGUCCUCUCCCUCCAAGUCAUCCAGCUCCACUUCUACCAAGACGAAGAAGAAACGAGGCCCAGGGACCCCAGCUCUGAUAAAACUGAUGAAUAUCCCUCAGCACACAGCUCAUGAUGAGGUGAUGAAGGCCGUGGAACCCUUCGGAAAGAUCAACAACAUCAUCCUGCUCAAGUCCAUACAGCAGGCGUCAGUAAUGUUUGAGAAAGAGGAGGAUGCCAGACUGCUGGCUAGCUGUAAGACCCUGACCAUCAAAGGCCAGGUCGUUAUCAUAAGGAUGGAGGAAGAGACUCUGCUGGAGGACUCAAAGGAACUGGACCGGGCCAAGAAGUCUUCUUCUGAAAGGAAAGCGACAGCAGCCCAGUCCCAGACCAGCACCACCAAGUCAACUAAAACAUCUACCAAGUCUUCAACGACCGCAACUAAACCGCAAACUGCCGGUACCAAGAACGCGCCCAAGGUGUGUGGAUCUAAUACCAAGUCCAAGGGGAAGAGUCCCCUCGGUCCUCAGCAGCCUGACAUUGCGAAUAAUAGGUUUGUGAAGAUCGAAGGUUUACCAGAAACUGGAUAUACAGAGGAAGAUGUUCUGGCUCUGGCGAAGCCUUACGGAUAUAAACCUGGACUCUACAACUGUUUCAUUCUGCCCAACCAGAGAUGGGCCAUAAUCCGUAUGGAGAGAGAACAAAAGAGCUUUGCUAUGUUGACCAACUACACAGAGUCUCCUCCUAAACUACUAGACUGUCCCCUCACCUUCACGCUGACCCGCCCUGAUACAAACCUCCUCCAGGAGGGUGUGUACACCACUCUGAAGGGCCUCACCACUACGGAUCCAACGUUGAAGGAACGUCUUCUGAUUGUCAGUAACGUCCCCGCAGGGACUGCAGCAGCCCAGGAGGUUCACGACCUCGUCAAACGCUUCGGCUCCUACCUCGACUCGCUGUCUCUGAUCAACAGGAUCUAUUUUGAGAUGGAGUCGUCGUCGGUGGCGAUGACCGUGUGUCUUCAUUUCCAGAAGUCCCCCAGUGUAGUUCAGAACAACCCUCUGAAGUUCGACUUGCUGGUCAAGGAUCAACAGGCACCGCAGCCCCCAGCCCAGAAGACAUCUGUUGUCAGCACCAAAAGGAGAAGAAGAAAACCAAUCAAAGGCAAGAAGCCUGUAGCUAAAGAUGUCACAACCCCAGUUAAACCUGUUACUCCCACUACUACCAGCACCAAUGCUACGGUCUCAUCCUCUCAGCCUGUUGCUGUGGCGACCAAGCAACCAGGAAGUGACGUCGUGGUGAUGAAUUCCGACGGAAAGGCAACGGUGGCGGAGUCUGGAGGGAAAGAGGGUGGGAUUUCCUCGCCAAAAGAUGGGAAGAAGAAGAACGCUCAUCCUCCCAAAGAGGAUGGAGGGAUGGAAACUGAGGAGGAGGCAAAAGGAAACCAGGAAGACACUGCGACCGUCGACACCGUCGUUUCCGCCUCGUUACCUACGGUUGCCGUGUCCGCUCCCGAGGAAGAGGUCACCGUGGAAACCCAGAGCACCGACGGCGUCGCCUCGACCAAUGAGGUUGCAGCAGAACCCGAACAGGUUCUCGCUGCGGUCCCACAACAGGGCAGUGAUGUCAUUGCGUUGGCUAGUGAAACCGUGACGACUGUGGCCACAACAGAACCUCGUCUGAUCUCCGCUGUGGAGGGAGCUGAUAACGUGGCCAAUCCCGUCGACUCUGACACCGUUGCUGCCUUGGUACCGGCACAAACACCGGCUCCCGUCCCUGUAGCGUUAAAUGUUGAAGACAAACCUCAGGACUUUCCUCCGGUCACCGAGGAGAUCCUCAAGGCCCUGGAGGCAGCGGUGCACCAACACCGUAUGGGGAGACUGGCGGAGGAACAGGCUAAACAGGAACACAACCAGGGAGAGGGGAUCCAGGCCAAGCCUCUACCCAACCAGGAGAGCCCUGCAGCUGGGGAGACGGCGGAGAGAAGGACCACGGCUGAGUCAGAAGAGAAGACUGGGGAGAAAGAGACGACGAAGAAAGAGGAGCCACGACCAGAGAAGAAGUCACAGCCGGACAAGAAGACCACCGACACGAAGAAGACACCUUCAGGAUCUGGCCAACCAGACCACAAGAAUUGUAACCGCUGCCGGGCUCCUUCCGAGGAGGGCUCCCUUCGACGUCUAGACAGGGUAACUCCUCCAGCUCCUCUUCUGGCUCCCGCAGGAGCAGCAGACCCGACGGCAGCCCCGCCAAGAAGAAGGGGAAGAAGGGGAGGAAAGAAGAGGAAGACAAGAGGAGCAAGUUGCUACGCGGGAGAUGAGUUUACAUCUGACGUCAUCCCUGAUGAAGCCAACUCCUUCUAUCUGGACCAGUUCAACAUGGACCAGUUUGUUACUGUGGAUGAGGUGGAAGGGGAUGAGGCUGAGAACACCAACCCACCGCAGUCAUCCUCAUCUUCAUCACACAAGACACAAGAUAAGGCCUCGGAAAGGUCAAAACGAUCGUCCAAACGCAGGAGGGAUACCCCAUCUCCGAAAUCUAGCCUGGAGCACAAGGAGACACCCACGGCCUCCUCCUCUACCCCGCCUGCUCAGAAGACUCCACGAAAAGCCGCAGCAAAAAAGGCAGCAACUAAACCUCAACCACCUGCCACCUCUGGACGCAAGACCAGGUCAUCAGCAGCUGUUGUUGUAGCAAACGAAGCCGCAGAAACCCAGGAAGCUGCCGACGACAACACCAGCAUAGCCGAUACGGAGGCGGAGCCUGUUCCCUUGGAGACUCGGUCUCAGUCGGAAGAGGAAGUCGUAGUGGUCACUAAGGGAUGUGACACAGAGGAUGUAGUACCGUCAUCCCACCACAAGAUGUCAGUGUUGGACACUGCAGUGACCGACAACAAGGAAGAGAAAAGUGGUGUGUCAGAAAGCGAUAUGGAGACGACCGCUGAAAAACCUCCAGAGCUAGAGGGGUGCGAGGAGACGACCCAAGCUGAAAAAGGUUCCUCGAUUCUGGGUACCGAGGCACAGAAUGAAGCCUGUCCACUGGAGCUUGGUCUGACCCAUCCGUCUGCCUCAGCCAAGGAGCAAAACCUUCAGAAGGCCCUGCAACUACAAGAGGUAGAGACGGUGUCGGGUCACCAGGUGCCCCAAUCACUUAUUGAUAAAGUACCUGAUGAUGAUGGUGAAUUCCAGAUACUCGACGAAGCUGUGGACGAUGACACACCUAGAGACGGAGAAGAGGGCAGUCAAGAACAGUCCGGAUCUCUAUCUCUGGGUGACCAGGCGCCUGCAGCCUCCAAAUCUACAGGUUCCCAGGUGCCUCAAGCUACACUAGAGGAACACGAAGAGAUCUCCAACGACGAAGAUUCUGCUUUCCAGAUCCUCGACUCUCUAGAAGACACUGAAGACAACAUGGCCGACUCCUCUCUCGCAGGCCAAGGGGGCCGAAGAGAUUCUCUACCCGGAGAGAUGGAGGGGUUCCAGAUACUAGAUUCAGUCGACGAUCAGACGGAAACGACCCAAGUUCUGGACAACCAUACGACUGACUCGAAAUGUCAGGGGGGCUCCAAGCCUCUCAAGGGGGGUAAGAAGACACCCCAAAAGAAGGGGAAAAAGGAGAUUAAGAAGGGAUCCGAGGGGGGUACCCCGAAAAAGAGUAACCUUGUCACCUUGGAUGAGGUGAGCGAGGAGGAGGAGGAUUACCCAGAUGACGCCGCCGAAGAGGAAGAACUUAUUAAGAAACAAAAACUGGUGAAGGAGAAGCAGCAAGAGAAGGACAGAGGGAAGGAGAGAGAGAAAGGGCGGAGGAGGAGUAGAGAGAAGGAACGGACAAGGGAGGAGGAGAGAGAGGAGAGGGUCGGAGUGGAUACUGAGGGCUUGGUGACUUUGGAUGAGAUCGGAGAGGAUGAAGGAGCGGAGGGGCCUUUCCUGGAGCCACACCCCUUCAGCCAGGAGGACGAAUCAGGAGACACCUUCAACCCAGAGACUCUGGUAACCCUGGAUGAGGCUGGAGGUGAUGGGGAGGAUGAUGAGGAGGAAGAGCAGAACAAGAGUCCUGAACCAGCGCAGAACCAGCAAGCUGACCACACAGCUGAUGCUACAGGGUCUCCUGGUGCAGAGGACGACGGCAGGGGCAUGGAGGAAAUCAGGAGAAUGAACUUUGUGACCGUGGAUGAAGUGGGAGAGGAGGAGGAGGAGGAGGCUGUUACCACAAGGAGAGGAGCCAGGGGGAGGAAGAGGGCCCGACAGACCUCUGCCAGGAAAUCGGUGAAGGUGAAGAAGGUGAGCGUUAAAGACAAGGAAGAGGAGGAGCCUCGGGCAGAUACGACUCCUCCCACUGACACAGCUUCCGUUGACGCUGCCUCCUCAUUGCUCCAAGUCGCUGUGACCUCAGAGGUGGACACCCAAUCAGCUGCCUCGGUCCCAGACCUCCAGGAGAAAGAGAGGAAGGCUGACACCCCUGCAGACCAACCCAGCCUGGAGGCCUCCUCAGCGGGGCAGGAGAGGCACACGGACCCCCCUGAGAACCAGAGUCUGGAGGGGAAACAGGAGACAACAGAUAUCAGUGUUGGAAAGGCUUGGACUGACUCCACAACACCACAAGAAGACAGUGAACAGAGAAGAGAGGAGGAAGAGGAGCCUGAGUUAAAACGUUGUCGUUCUGAGUCUCCUCUGAUCACAGACUUCAAACUGCCUCCCUUCAGCCCUCACAACCCUAUAGGCCAGGACUUUGUGGUUCCUAAGACAGGGUUCUUCUGUAAGUUGUGUUCUCUGUUCUACGGGAGCGAACACACAGCCAUGAAGACCCACUGCAGCAGUCUGCAACACUAUCAGAACAUGCAGAAAUAUUACCUGGAAGGAAGUUCCGUCUCCGAAUGACCCCCUUGACCCUGGAAGUUUCCCAAACGGCACACUAUUCCCUACAUAGCGCACUACUUUAGACCCUUUUCCCUAUAUAGUGCACUACUUUAGACCCUAUUCCCUACAUAGCACACUACUUUAGACCCUUUUCCCUAUAUAGUGCACUACUUUAGACCCUAUUCCCUACAUAGCGCACUACUUUUAGACCAGAGCCCAGUAGUCCCCCCCCCAGUCCAUAUAGUUAUAGAUCAGUCCCCCCCAGUCCAUAUAGUUAUAGAUCAGUCCCCCCCCAGUCCAUAUAGUUAUAGAUCAGUC